CUGAGGCGAGGCUGGGCCGGGUUUGCAACGGAGGCGGCUGGUUUCCGCUUUUUUUUUUCUUUUUUGCUUAGCCUCGGCGAGCGGCACGAGGUUAAUGUGCAGAGGCAGCCGAUCUGCGAUCCCAUCUGGACUGCAAAGGUAGCGUUGCCUAGUGGGAGAGCCUGCGCCGAGCGGAGGUGACAAUGCAGAGGGAGCGCUUAGAGGCAUGGCGAUGCCGCCAGCAUUAAGUAGAAAUCACCAUGUGUGGCAUCUGGGCCCUUUUUGGAAGUGACGAAUGCCUCUCAGUUCAGUGUCUCAGUGCUAUGAAAAUAGGCCACCGAGGCCCAGAUGCUUUUCGUUUUGAAAACGUCAAUGGAUUUACGAACUGCUGUUUUGGUUUCCAUCGUUUGGCGAUUGUUGACCAGCUAUAUGGAAUGCAACCUCUACGAGUGAAGAAGUUUCCCUACUUGUGGCUGUGUUACAAUGGAGAAAUCUACAAUUACACACAGUUGCAAAAACAGCUUGGAUUUGAUUACCAGACUUUGGUAGAUGGAGAGGUAAUCCUUCAUCUUUACAACAGAGGAGGAAUAGAGCAGACGGCCUCCUUGCUCGAUGGCGUGUUUGCCUUCAUUUUGCUGGACACGGCAAACAGGAAAGUCUUCCUGGGAAGAGAUACGUAUGGAGUCAGACCCCUUUUUAAGGUCUUGACUGAUGAUGGAUUCCUUGGUGUCUGCUCUGAGGCAAAAGGUCUUAUCAGCUUGAAGCACUCGAUGUCUUUUCCUCCAAAAGUCGACCCUUUCCUUCCAGGACACUAUGAAGUGUUGGAUCUAAAAGCAAAUGGCAAAGUUGGAUCAGUGGAACUGGUAAAAUUCCAUGGCCCUAAAGAUAAACCUCUACAUGCUAAUUAUGACACACUACAAAAUCUAUCCUCAGGUUUUGAUAUUGAAACAGUGAAAAGCAACAUUCGUAUUUUGUUUGAAAAUGCUGUUAGGAAACGGUUGAUGUCACACAGAAGGAUUGGUUGUCUCUUAUCAGGUGGUUUGGAUUCCAGCUUGGUCGCUGCGGUGCUUCUUAAGUUGAUGAAAGAAGCUGACUUUCCCUACCCUUUGCAGACUUUUGCUAUCGGAAUGGAAGAUAGUCCUGACCUUAUGGCUGCUAGAAAGGUAGCGGCUCACAUUGGCAGUGAACACCAUGAGGUCAGUUUUAAUUCGGAAGAAGGGAUCCAGGCACUAGAAGAUGUUAUACUUUGCUUGGAAACAUAUGACAUCACAACCAUACGAGCUUCAGUAGGUAUGUAUUUGGUCUCCAAAUACAUUCGAAAGAACACAGACAGUGUGGUAAUUUUUUCGGGGGAGGGGUCAGAUGAGCUGACCCAAGGCUAUAUUUACUUUCAUAAGGCACCCACACCUGAAGAUGCCAUGGAGGAAAGUGAGAGGCUCCUCAAAGAACUCUAUCUUUUUGAUGUUCUUCGAGCCGACAGAACAACUGCUGCCCACGGCCUUGAACUGAGAGUUCCAUUUUUGGAUCACCGGUUUACUUCUUAUUACCUUUCUUUGCCUGCAGAACUCAGAAUACCAAAGAAUGGAAUUGAAAAGCAUCUCUUGAGAGAGGCCUUUCAAGAUACAAACUUAUUGCCAAAGGAAAUUCUCUGGAGACCCAAAGAAGCCUUCAGUGAUGGAUUAACCUCUGUCAAGAAAUCCUGGUUCUCAAUGCUCCAAGACUAUAUUGAUCUUCAGGUUGAGGAGAGUCUGUUGGAGAAGGCGGUGGCGAAGUUUCCAUUCAAUCCUCCUAGAACAAAAGAAGGUUAUUACUACCGCCAGAUUUUUGAGAAGCAUUACCCGGGACGUUCUGAUUGGCUCCCUCACUACUGGAUGCCAAGAUGGAUCAAAGCCACAGAUCCAUCUGCUCGUACUUUACAGCAUUACAAAUCGGCUCCAAAAGAAUAAACUUCCCAAUGUUUCUCCUUGUAAGCGGCUUGUUACCAUGUGGUUCUUUGAGACCCCAGAAGGGACAGCAAGCAAACAAUUUGUUAAAGAAUAAAUAUUCUAAUCCUUUCAGAUGAAGGGGGACUUUCAUGUGGAUUUAAAAGCACUGUUGAAACCAGGGUUUCUAUUUUACUGCAGCUGGACUUUUGUGCAAACUAGUAAACUGCAGUUUAGGGCCUGAAAUUAUGAAAGCCCUCUAAAUACAAAACUAUUACUAAAAUUAUUAAAUUAUUAUGGGGUGGGGGAGAGUAAUGUUAUGGGUUCUGUUAAACUAAACAUACUAUAGGGCCUCAGCAUGUCUUAAAACAGUCCUAUAUUCUACUUAAUCUCAGUGUAGUCUUUAAAAACCCCAUUAAAAUCCAUGGCAUUGCUCAGUGCUAUUGAUCUGGAAUUUUGGCUACUAUCUAGUCUACAGGGAGUGUUUCAAAUCACAGUGAAACAUUAACAGGGGAUUUAAUCAGUCUAAGGAAAUUAUCCUAAGUCUGCUCCAAAUCCUACUCUAUUUAUUCAGUGGGAUUUAAUUUACAAAGAAGCAUUGUUAGGAUCGCAUGGUAAUUGUGUGAGACUGCAGCCUUUAAGUGCAAUUUCCCAACUAUCACUGUGCCUGCUGGAUGCUAGUGACCCUCCGUAGCAGUUCUGCUGUUUCUCAUAGUUGUCUGUUGUCUGUAACCUGUUCUUCUCAUUGUUAAUGCAAGACACUUGUAAGUUGAUAAACCAAGUACUGUUUUUACUAUAGAAGCUGGGAGCUUCUAUGUCUUGAGUGUUUGGACAUAAUAUACCGUAAUUGUAUUGAGCCCCUGAGCCCCAGCAUUGCCCAGGGUGCCCCUCCCCAGGGUCCGAAGGCCAUCCCCUGGCCUUAGGGCAUCUGGGUGCUUUCCCAAGGCUAACGGGUCCUGAAUUGGGCCGUAGCUACAUGGGGGCAUCCUCCUCAGUCGAAUAUGCCCUCACUCUUUUUAUUGUCUCCUCCCAGUUUGGGCUCCUCCCAGUUUGGGCUCCUUCCCCUAGCUCUGCCCGCAGAGCCUUUAAGCCCCCUCAUCCAGCCCACUUGCCCCUCCUCUUCCUUCCUAGCCAGGCUGGGUCCUGCCUCUUCCCUGUUACUUCUGCAAGGGGCAGAGGCCUCAGUUGGGCUUCUGGGUCUGCUCCUGGCCGCUUGCUGAAGGUCUGGGCUUCUAGUACAUCUUUGGACCAUGCCUGGACAUGACUUGACCUGCCUCCCAAGUUUUUUCUAUUGUUGUUAGGUCUUUGGCCCAGGGCAGGAUUCCUCCCUGCGAGCUGCCUUGUCUUGCAGGGUCUGCCUUCUACGACCACCUGCCACCCUGUGCACCCCUGGGACCUAGGAAAGUCUCUUGGAGCUUCUCCUGAUCAGGGCAGGGGACUGGGGGCAUGGUCCCAGACCAAAUUUGCUUAGUUGUUUGGGUGAGGACAUUUCAGUUGGUACAAUGUUUCUUGCAAAAAAGCACUAGCAUAAUGGAAUUCCCUGUUUCCACUGUUAACGGUUCAGGAUCUCUCUUUUUAACUGUGUUUGGUCAUUGUUCACGUUCCCAGAUGUUGUCCUUCCCAAGUCUUUUUUGCAUUAAGACCCAUUGGCGAUGCGCCUGGAACAGGAUCUUGUGUUUCAAGAACAACUGAAUAUGUUUUGAUGAAAAGCCUAUCCUUUAGAAAUGACUACUGUAAUUGUACCUGUACAUUAUUGGAAGACUUGCCAAUUUUAGCAAUGAACACACAUACAAUCCAUGUAUAGUGUACACUUUUUCUUUUUGGUAUGUGCAUUGAAUAAUUCUCAGGUUACAUUCAAGACAUGUACAGAUGAAUGUGUGAUUAAAACUGCGCAAUUAUCCAGGAAUUGGUCCCCAGGUUUCAUUUGCAAAGUGAAUGUAGGUUGGGUAUUUCUUACAGACUGAUGUAUGCCCAUACUUGCAGCUUGUACAAGCUUGUAAUGUGAACAGGUUAUAGAGGUCCAUAUGGUUGUGGAGGUACUAUAUAUUUUAAGAGGUUUAAGAUGUUUUCAGUCUUGAAUUAUAAUUUAGAAAAUUAACUAUACCAUGUUUUAAUAAAAUAACCAGAGAGCCUGAAA